AUGAGAUUUGUUUUUGAAUAUGUGGGCUUUGCCCUCACCAUCCUUUUAUCUUUCUCAUCCGCUGCUACGACUGAAGAUAGGCAUCCCAAGAUCUCCCCCUUCAUCCUGAGCGCCAUUACACCUAGAGGCACCACCCCCAGAAUUAACAGCAAGCUCCAGGUCGUAGACGAUGCUGUUGUCGUUGGAUCCACAGAUGCAGAAGAUUUUACAGCUGCAAGUCCUUCUUCUGCAUCACGCACGCGGAUAAUGAAAGCGCGCGAAAGCCGGCAGAAGUUCUUCUUCUUGGAGCCUGUCACCGAUCAUCCCACACCCGGCUAUCACAACCUCAAAUUUCACCGAGAGCUCCAGGCCAAUUUCAAAUUGGAUGGCUUCUUUGCCACAGGCGCUGGCUGCGGCAUCCACUGUGGUGGACCUCAGGUCGUCUAUGAUCAAACCCCUAAAGACGACUCAUAUAGUGGAAACUGGUUUGCAUACCCUCACGAAGGCAAUGGGGGUGGCUACUCCAUCCAUUGGGUGGCUGGUAACGAGACUCCUGAGGGCCACACUCUGGUGUACUUGUUGCGCGAUGCGGUUCCCCAGGCAUAA